AUGCCAUCCCCCUCGGCUGCCUCCUUUAACCCAUCCGAUCCAUCCAACUUCUCUACCCCUCUCAGCCCACCGGUCACCAGCCCUCCCAGCCUUUCCAGCCCUUCCUCCCCAACAACCCUCCCCUCCAUCACCCACUCCCUCCUCCAAACCACCUUCUCUCUCAAGCGCGACUUUCGCUUCCUCAAACUGACCGCAUCCUCGUCCUCUUUUUCCUCCUCUUCCUGCUCACUCGAAAUCGCACUUGAUGAAUCCGAAACCCACAAACUCCUCCAAACCUCCCUCACCCGUCUCAACUCAGCUACCAAAUCCUUCAUCCGCGACGCCAAUGUUUUGUUGGAUGAGGAGGUUAAUAAGUCUUUUGAACAUGCUUAUUUGCGCCGCUCCUCGGAUUUGAAAGAAGAAGAAAGAGAAGAAGGAGAAGAAGAAGAAGAAGGGCAUAAUGUUCUAGACAUGACUGUCGAGGAAAAGAAAACAAGAAAAGAGCUGAGGAGGUUGCUUGGGGUUGUGGAGGAGUUGAGGGGGGUGUGGAGGAGGAGGGCUGGGAGGUAUUUGUUGGGAUAUAGAGGCUCGGGAGGAAGACAUGGAGGAGGAAAGGAUAGAGAGGAGGAGGAUAGAAAGGGAGAGGGUGAUGGGGAGGGUGAUGAGGAGUAUCGAUCCAAAACGUCAAAUUCUACAUUUGACGACAACAGUGUCGUCGACUGCAAUAACACUUUCACAGUCGUUGUCAUGACAGGGGUAGCUCUUGGCAUUGUUGGCUUCCCCAACAUUUACGAGGAUGGCGACCAGCGCCACAUUCCCCAUGCCUCCGUCGAUGAACUCGCUCAGCACAGCGGAAAGAACGUAAAGGCCUACCGCCCUCAGGACCAAUUCGCCGCGAUCAACGAGCAUGUCAUAGAGGAGACGCAAAAAAAGUUGGAAGAAAAAAUCAAGAUGGAUCCCACACGUGCUGCGGAAUUGCACGGCUUCAAGCCCAGCAAAGGUGCUCGCAUUGACAAGGAGUUGGCGGAGGAGGAUGCGGCGGAGUUGAGGAAGAAGGAGCAGAAGCUCAAGCAAGGAAUUGCUGGAGCGACCCAUUUUAAAAAUAAGAAACACCAUAAACUGGAGGCUGAGGAAUGA